GCAAAAACCGAUUGAGGUUAGAUAUUUCGUGAGGCAAACAAACCAAACUCCUUUGGUUUGACUUUGCAUCUGUGGUUGUAAAUGAGCUGUCAGAAAUCAUAAGACAUAAAAAAAUUUAAGUUUUUACAAUCAAAUAUAACGUUGAAGAAUGUCUAUUGAAUACGAUAGUUGGCAUCUUUUGGAAAACUUUGAAAAUAUUUGCCGUUUCUGUCUGUCACAAGAGAAUUGCAUCCAGAUACUUCACGAUGGAAGAAUCAACGACACUUUAUUAAAAGCUGCAGAUAUAAUCAUUUCAAAGGUGGAUGAAAACGAUGGUUUGCCUAACAGUAUCUGUCAACGAUGUUUGAACUGUGUAAUUGAGUUUGUAGAUUUCGAAUCUCGUUGUCGAGAAACAUACGAUGUAUUGCAACACGUUAUAGAACUUCGGCUAGAAGCGAAUGGCGAUGGAGGUGUGAUCGAAGAGAUAGUAUUUUCCCAAGAAUACAUUGGUUUGGAAGAGCAGUCAAGCCGCUCCUUAAAAGGUGAAAAUAACAGUGGCGAGGAGAAUAUUACUACUGAUUGCGAUAAUAUAGCUGAUGAUUUUAUUAUAACAGAAUCUGACAAACUAACUAGUAGCACGAAUGAGGUGUUUAAACCGACACAGGAAUCCUGCAGAAAAGGUAAAUGCUGUCCCGUAUGUGGCAAGUUUGUGUCACAAUUGAGUAAACACCUACCCACUCAUUCGGAUGUGAAACGUCACACUUGCUUACAUUGCUCUAAACAGUUCGCACAUGAUACAACUCUCAGGAAACACAUCCGCUCCGUUCAUCUUAAAAUCAAACGAUAUCAAUGCCAGCAUUGUUCGGAAUCUUUCACGGACCGUAGUUCGCAACGCUAUCAUGAGGUGGCGAAACAUAAAGAAGCGAGGGAUUACGUUUGUACACUAUGCAAUAAAUCCUAUUUCACUUCGACAGGGCUCCAACAACAUAACAGCUUGAACCAUGAACAGCGAAAGUUCAAAUGCGAUCAAUGUGGAAAAAUGUUUGCUAUGAAAUAUCACUUGAAGGAACAUGAAUAUACCCAUUCAGAUGCGAGACCGUACAAAUGUUCACUUUGCGACAGAUCGUUCAAGCGAGUAAAAAAUUUAAAUGAGCAUUUAUCUAUACAUAAGAGAGGCAUAUAAUCAAGUUUUUGUGUUGAUUACAUUCGAGUA